UUGACUUUAUCAGUCCAAGGACAUCAUCCGCCUGGAAAGGGGGGGAAGUUUGAUCCUCUUUCUCGCGGACCCAACGGGAGUUUUCUCCCCUUCCUCCCAAGUGUUGAAAGGAUCCUCGGUCGCGUUUCGAGGGGGUAACAUUUUUGGGGGGCUUUCCUUUUUGACGGCGCGGUGACCGAAGCUCGCGCGCUCCGCUAAACUGGAUUUUAAAUUGUUUUCUUCCUAAGUUUCCUCCCCCUCCCCUUCCCACGCUCAUGACUAUGCUUCUCGAUAGCGGUCCGCAGUUCGCGUCGCUAGGAGUGGGCGGCUUCGGGACACCACGGCACCACCACGACAUCGGCAACAGGGACCCGAGCCUCGGACUGAACCCCUUCAGCGAGUCCUCUCACUCGGCGGCGUUCAAGAUCAGCCCCGUAGGCCACGACAUCGCCUCCGGCCAGACGUCGGCCUUCACCCCGCAAGCCGGGGGAUAUGCGGCCGCCCUGGGACACGCACACGGCGGCCAGGUGGGCUCGUACGGCGGAGGGGCGUUCAACUCGACGCGGGACUUUCUCUUCCGGAACCGGAGCGUGGGAGAGACCGCGGCGCCGAGCGCCCAGCACGGGAUCUUCGCCGCCUCGGCCGGGAGCCUCCACGGGCCGCCGGGGAUCGCGGACAACCCCGGACACCUCUUAUUUCCCGGACUCCACGACCAAGGGGUGAGCCACUCCGCGCCGAGCGGACACGUCGUCAACGGCCAAAUGCAUCUGGGCUUGCGCGGGGACAUUUUCGGGCGGGCCGACCCCUACCGGCCGGUGGCCAGUCCACGCGCGGACCCGUACGCGGCGCAGCUGCACAACUACAACCACCCCAUCAACAUGAACAUGGGCGUGAACGUGCCGAGCCACCACGGCCCGGGGGCCUUCUUCAGGUACAUGCGGCAGCCCAUCAAGCAAGAGCUGUCGUGCAAGUGGAUCGACGAGCACCAGAUGAGCAGACCCAAAAAGACCUGCGACAGAACUUUCAGCACCAUGCACGAGAUGGUCACGCACGUGUCCAUGGAGCACGUCGGCGGCCCGGAGCAGAGCAACCACGUCUGCUACUGGGAGGACUGCCCGCGCGAGGGAAAGUCCUUUAAGGCCAAGUACAAACUCGUCAACCACAUCCGGGUGCACACCGGGGAGAAGCCCUUCCCCUGCCCCUUCCCGGGGUGCGGCAAAAUAUUCGCCCGCUCGGAGAACUUGAAAAUACACAAAAGAACACACACGGGUGAGAAGCCCUUCAAGUGUGAAUUCGACGGCUGUGACAGACGCUUCGCCAACAGCAGCGACCGGAAGAAGCACAUGCACGUGCACACGUCAGACAAGCCCUACAUCUGCAAAGUGUGCGACAAGUCGUACACGCACCCCAGCUCUCUCAGGAAACACAUGAAGGUCCACGAGUCCCAAGGCUCGGAGUCCUCCCCGGCAGCAAGCUCCGGAUACGAAUCGUCCACACCCCCGGUCCUGGUCUCGGCCUCCAGCGAAGACCCGACAAAAACCCCCCCGUCGGCCGUGCAGAACACAUCCGGGCACGGCGAGGGUCUGGCGCCGAACUUUAACGAAUGGUACGUUUGAGGAAGCCGUUUGGAUUUGUUGUUUCGAAGCGAGCCCUGAGAGGCUGGCUUCCCCGAGUCCUGGUCCACUAAAACGCCCCCAUCCUAGCACGGCGGGCCCAGAACCAAGCCAGCUCGGUGCAGCUCAGGAUCACCCGGAUCGGACUUUUCACUCGCGACACAUCCAAACACGCGCACGCGCACGACUUUCUCACGUCACUUCUUUUUAGUUGAAAAGCAAAACGUUUAUUUUUCCUUUCAUGUAUUUUCUCAAGUUGUAUUUAACAAAGAAAAGGAAUAAAAAGUGGAUUAUUUCACUCUGUUUUAUAAUAUUAUCAGAUUAAAAAAAAAAGGGGGGGGGGGUGCAAAUUGAUUGUUGGAACUCCAGUCUUAAGAAACCGUGCCAAAGUCUUUUUUGUCAUGAACUUGAAGACAGUUUAAAAAGAAAAACCUGCUAAAUGAAUAUUCUACUCGUGAAUGUACUUCCUUGUUUGAUGGGUCCAAUCUGUUGUCAACGUCCGUUUUCAGGUGCAAAUAAAAAACGCAAUGUGCUACUAGUUGAAUAUAA